UAAUUUGUAAAAUGGAGUCAUAGAGAUACAGUCAGCCCCAUCCAUUUGCCCUGUUCUACGGUUCAGAAUUUUCUCUCAAUAUUUUCCACGCUCCCUGUACGCCUAUAUAUAAACUUCUCUUUCUCUCACCCCUAACACUCAACAGUCCACGCUAGCUAGCUUAGCUUCUUUCAUUUAAAUUUCUGCAACGACAAUGGCGAAAAGCCUGAAGCUUCGGAUCUCUCGAGUCUUCCAGUCUUGCAUUUCCAAAGACCCCUCUACUCUCCCCCACAACCCACUCCCUCUCUUCCUCCGUCUUCCGCCCGGCGACCCCAAAGUCAACGGUGUUGACUCCCCGGCCACGCCACCCGUCCCGGCCCCACCCCGCCCCUCCAAACCCCACCACCGUCACCUCCGCAGCAGCCGCCCCUCUCUCAGAUCCGCCGUGGCCUUUAUCGGCUGCGGCCUCCGCCCCAGGUCCUCCAGACGGUGCCUCUCCGACGACGAAUCGGCGGAGUACUUCAAGUGGCAGGAGGAGGAGAAGUGGCACGUGGUCGCCAAGGUCCCCGACGGCUCACCUCCCCGCCGGAAAAUGUACAACUCCUCCGUCUCCGCCAUCUCCGACGACGACGUGCCGCCCCCGCCGCCCCCCUCGGCGGAGAAGAAGAAACGCAGGGGUAGAAGGAAGAAAGCAAAAUCCGCAUCGAGAUUAGUGUUACGGACGAGCACUUCGUCGGCCGAGAGCGGGAUCUUCAGCAGCGAAGCCGACGAGGAUCCUGAAAAUUACAACGCAGAGGAAGAAGAUGAAACGGAAACCCUCGUGUCUUCCUCCAGAAGCUUCUCCUCCGACUCGUCCUCGGAGUUCAAUCCCCACUUAGAAACCAUACGCGAAGCGCCGGUCAAUGUCGGUAGUGGGAGCGUGAGGCGCAAGACGAAGAAGGCAGUGAAGAAGAAGAAGAAGAAGAAGAAGAAGAAGACGACGAAAAGGGCGAUAAUAGAUAAGGGCAAGGGAUGGUCGUCGCCGGAGAGUGGGUCGCCGGCGAGGCUGUCGGUGUUUCAGAGGCUGAUAGCGUGCAGGGUGGAGGGGAAGGUGAAGGAGAGCUUUGCUGUGGUGAAGAGGUCGGAGGAGCCGUACGAGGACUUCAAGAGGUCCAUGAUGGACAUGAUUCUGGAGAAGCAAAUGUAUGAGCCGCAGGAUUUGGAGCAGCUCCUCCAUUGUUUCCUUUCAUUGAACUCUCAUCACCACCAUCCUUUUAUCCUUGCUGCUUUCUCUGAUAUUUGGGAGGCCCUCUUCAGCAGAUCAGCCUGUAAAAGCUCAUGAAAAAUUGGCUACAAUUGACGAAAGACAACUAAUAAUUAACUUCAGUCUCUUUUAAUGAGCACUUGUUGUAUGAUUUUUAGUUGGUAGUGUAUAUGUAUUUCGUAUUUUCAUUCCAACUUAAAUUUGAAUGGAUAGUGCACGUACAAUUGCACAUCCGAUCGAAUGAUUAGUAUAAUUCAAAAAUAAGAACUGAUCAUCAGUAGU